GUCAAAUGCCUUGCCUUGAAAUUUCAGCAAGUGUCACAGCGUACGGACGUCAAAUGAUUGAACAAACCAAGCGGGAAGUAGAAAGUCGAUUUACUAUUGAAAACGGCUAUACGCAUGAUGCUCAAGUUAUUUACGGUGAUACAGAUUCUGUUAUGGUUAAAUUUGGUGUGGAUAAUUUAGUUGAUGCUAUGAAACUAGGCCAAGAAGCGGCUGAGUAUGUUACAGGGAAAUUUUUAAGGCCAAUAAAGCUAGAAUUUGAAAAAGUAUAUUUUCCAUAUCUGUUAAUCAACAAAAAACGAUAUGCUGGUCUAUAUUGGACAAAUCCUGAUAAGUGGGAUAAAUUAGACACAAAAGGCAUUGAG